AUGAGGCGUUGCUCCACGUCGAUUGCUCGGUUGCUUUGCGCACUGUCAGCGACAUUUUUGAAGCCCGGUGGAGUAGUCGCGGAAGAGUGCAACGCCACCUUGCCUUGGACGGUGUCCAGAGACACCUACGAGGACAUUGAGGACGUCGCAUUCGAGUCGUUGAUGUGGUGCCCGGCCAACUUGCACGGAUGCUCUAACGACCUAUUGAGCUGUGAGCCCGGGACAUACGUUGUCACUUGUUCGUGCGCGCCAAACUGCAGAGUGUACAGGGACUGCUGCUGGGACGUGGAGUUCUUACCGGAGGACGAGACUGAAUUUCCGGAGAUCUCCUGCGUACCGGUUCAAGUCUCAACUCGGCUGAUAAAGCACGUUUCCAUGGUAGUUGGAUGCCUGCCAUCAUGGCCGCAAGACGAGGUGAGGACGGCGUGCGAGAACGGGCACUCGUUUAACGAGGACUUCCAUCACAUACCGGCCACAAGCAUCAAUCACGUCACUUACAGAAAUGGCUUCUGCGCGCUCUGCAACAACGAUGUCGCGAACGCCACCUUCUGGGACGCCAUGUCGAUGGGACCAAGGAAACCUGUCCGUGCACUCCUGCCCCAACUUGUAAGCGGUGAUCCCGAGCUGUACCUAAGACCCUGCGUCUCGGACAAACCCGAUGACGCAUGCGAUCAACAUGUCGGCGAGCACAUCUCGGACAGGUGCAAGACCUACUACGCACCCGUCAGCGACGCGGAAAAUCCGUACUAUCCCAUCUAUCGGAAUGUAUACUGUGCCACGUGCAACGGCGCCAACGUGUCCCGAUUGUCUUGCAGCCAAACGAGGCAGGUGUCCAACUUCACAAUACCCUGGCGCAGGCACCCCACCGGAGAGAAGAGACCAGCCUCUGCUCGCCCUCCAAACCUGGCAGCCAUAUUCAAGCCCGUAGUUAGCACUCCGACGUGCUACGCCGAGCACGACGGUCACUGCUACAUCAGGGAGGCCCCGAACCUGAAGAAAAAAGACCUCCUAACGCUACGCCGCGGAAACAGAUUCACGAACGGAACGAAGCCUACUCACCCCGUCGGUGGUCACAAUGCCGACGCAUCACCCAACGCGUACUUCAACGUCUACAACUAUGUAACGGUCAUCUGCAUGUCCGUGUCCGUAUGCUGUCUCGCGCUCAAGGUCGUCGUUUUCUGCGCUUACAAGGGAUCCCGAAGCUUCUCGUCCAAGUGUACUCUGUGUCUUUCGGUCACGCUGAUGAUCACGCAGCUGCUGUAUUUGCUCACAAGCUUCGUCGACGUACAUGGGGUGGCGUGCGUGGUUGUUGCCGUACUCGUCCACUACGGUUUCCUAUCGACCUUCUGCUGGACCGGCGUACUGUCUUACGACAUCUGCAGCAACGUCACCUCCGUUAAGCUCUCGUCGGCUCGCGACCGGACUUUGGCUCUCUAUGCCACGCUAUCCUGGAGCCUGCCGUUAGUCAUCGUCGCCUCGGCUCUCCUGGUGCACUGGCUGACUCCGGAUUCCGAGGUAUCGCCCAGAUACGGAACCGUCGCUUGCUGGAUCGGCACCCUUUUGGGUUUAGUGUUGUACUUCUUGGUUCCCAUGGCAACGCUCACGCUCUUCUCUCUCUUCGUGUACCUGAAGACUGUCUUCUACAUCCACGACAUCGCGUCCGACGCUGCGGGCGUCCGAGAGGGUCAAAACGGGAACGCCAGCGCGGACUGCGAGCGUAAGCGACACCGAACCCGCAUGGCGCUGUUCUGCCGCCUCGCGCUCAUCAUGGGAGCCGCGUGGAUGGUCGCCUUCCUGGGCACGUUCGUGCCUUUUGCCGAGAUUGACGUCGUAGUGAACUUUCUCGUCGGACUACAAGGGGUGUACUUAUUCGUUGCCUUCAAGGACUACCGCUAUAUCUGGGCGUCGAUUGCUGGGCGCCAGAAAGUGGCCGUUAGUGGCAGCCGUGGGACCUCCCAAACCAUCGUCGCCUCUCCAAAGAAGAGCUGCACUUCAGAAUGA